AUGGACACCUCCCACCGCAAAAUCGAACUCCAAUCCCCCUCGGACCUCACCUUCCUCACAUCGCAAAUCCGCACCGCCGCGCGCCAGAAACUCGACUUGCACCUCCCGCCCGUGCCCUCCAGCGCUACGAACGGCGAUGCGCCAGACGAGUUACGACGCUCGGUUGAGGACCUCGUUGAGAUAUUUGUUGCGAAAGUGCUGCAGGGGAUAAGGCAUAAUGUUAGUAUCAAUGGGAUUGAUGUUGUGGAGAGUGGGGAGGAGAUGGAUGGGGUUGUUGGCCAAAACGGAGGGGGAGGUGGUGGUGGUGGAGGUGGUACAGGAGAAGGCGAGAGCAUGGUCGAAACAGUGGAAUACGAACCUUUCGACGAUAAACUGCGGAGUCAACUAUCUGCUACAGUAGCGAAACGCGAUGCGCUCAUUGCGAAGAUAAGUCAGCAACGAAGGACGACGCCGAAAGUUGCGGCGGAGACGUGGAUGAAGGGGUGGGAAGAGGAGGGGAGGGUGUGGGCGGACAUUCAAGAGUCACUACAGAAAGAUGCUGCUGGUGGUGGGAAUGGAGAUGGGGAUGGGGAUGUGGCGGAUGUGGAGGCGCUGCAGAGACAAGAUGAGGUUGAGAGGAAUUGGGAGAGAGCAGUCAUGGGGUUGCAGAGGUUGAAUAAGGGGUUGCCGGAGACGAGGGCAAGGUUGGAGAGGGCGGGGGAUGUGGUGGGGUAUUUGGGGGGUGAGAAUGGGAAGAAGUGA